AUGGACGGCCUUUCGGGCGCAGCAAGCGUCAUCGCGGUAGUCGACAUAUCCGCCAAGAUCGCCUCGCUCUGCUACCAGUACUCGGUGGCUGUCAUGGGCGCGAGGGAUGAUAUCGAGCGUGUGCGAAGAAAGGUCAGCGACAUCACCCACAUCCUGGAGAAGAUCAAGCAGCUCCUUGACAGCCGGGACAAGACGCGGCUCUCUACCACUCAGGGCCUGUUUAGCUCGCUCGAACAAUGCCUCAGGGAGCUGAAGAGCCUCGAAGCAAAGUUAGAUACAGGAAAAACUCGCAAGAUUAUGAGCCGGUUCGGCUUCCGCGCGCUUAAGUGGCCGUUCACGAGUAAGCAGGUGGACAAGAUCGUUUUAAACUUGGAAGGAUACGAGCAGACAUUCAGCUUGGCACUGCAGGCUGAUCAGACAGUCGUUGUGUUCAACAUAGACCAGAAGCUGGAUCUAGCUAAACUGCCUGUUGCGACAGGCGCCUCCUUCAACUCCCACAACGAAGAGCAUAACGCACGAUGCCUACCGAACACCCGCACCGAGCUGCUAGACGAGAUUACAACAUGGGCGAACAACAAGGAUGACAAGUCGAUAUUCUGGCUGAGCGGCAUGGCGGGCACGGGAAAGUCUACGAUAGCGCGGACAGUCGCCCAGGCGUUCGCUAGUCGAGGGCAGCUCGGAGCCAGCUUCUUCUUCAAGAAAGGCGAGGGCGAGCGCGGCAACGCCUCGCGCUUCUUUACCACCAUCGCCACUGAUCUGGUCGCCUGCGAGCCAGGCAUGCUUCCUGGUAUCACGAAGACGCUCAACGAGGACUCAACGAUUUCACACAAGGCCCUGAAAGACCAGUUCGAGAAGCUGAUCCUGCAGCCACUUUUGGGAAUAAAGCAGGCUCGAUCGCAGGCCGUGGCGCGUGUUGUGGUGAUUGACGCGCUGGACGAGUGUGAGCGAGAAGCCGACAUCAGAGCGAUUCUUCAGCUGCUCGCUCAGACGAAAGACGUUCGUCCAGUGCCGCUGCGGAUUGUGGUGACAAGCCGGCCAGAGCUCCACAUCCGCCUGGGCUUCAGGGAGAUGUCAAACGGCACAUACCAAGACCUCGUCCUCCACGAAGUGCCAAGGACUACAAUUGAACAUGACAUCCGUCUGUUCCUGGAGCAUGAGCUUGGUGUGAUACGAAAAGAACGCAUGUUAGCCUCCGACUGGCCAGCGCAACAGCAGAUUCUGACGCUAGUUGAGCUGGCUGUGCCGCUGUUCAUCUACGCUGCCACUGUGUGUCGGUAUGUUGGCAGCAAAGGAAGCAAUCCCACAGCGUUUCUGACCAAGGUCCUGCAGUAUCAAAAGGCCACCUUUUCGCAGCUAGAUCGGACGUACCUCCCUGUGCUCGACCAGCUGCUUAGUGAGCAGGAGGAAGACGAGAAGGAGGCGUGGCUUCAGGCUUUCCGAGAAGUUGUCGGCAGUGUUAUUGUGCUUGAAAGCCCGCUCUCUGCUGUCUCACUUGCCCGUUUACUUCAAGUUCCACAAGAGGAGGUUAAGUGUCGACUUGACUCUUUGCACUCUGUUCUUAGCGUUCCUAACAGCGAGAACGGGCCUAUUCGACUUUUGCACUUGUCUUUUCGUGAGUUCCUCGUUAACCCUCAAAAACAAGGAAAGAGUCCGUUCUGGGUAGACGACAAAAGUACACACCAGAAGCUCGCCUCUCGCUGCCUUGAGCUUAUGUCUGGAUCCAGCGGUCUUCAUCUAGACAUGUGCGGCCUCUCAGGCCCUGGAGUGCUAAGAAGCAAGAUCGAUGAGCAGACAGUUGCUAGCAGUCUGUCACCUGAUCUACAAUAUGCAUGUCGGUACUGGGUCGAUCAUCUCAAGCAGAGUCAGCAACAUAUCGUGGACGGAGACACGACGCAUGUCUUUCUUCAGAAGCAUUUUCUACAUUGGCUCGAAGCCAUGAGUCUCAUGGGAGAGUCGAGCAGAUGCGUCGACUUACUCGACAGCCUUCAGGCAAUUGCAGAUCUAACUACAAAAUUUGUGUUAACCUUUCUUCACGACGCUAAGCGUGCGGCUGUGGGAGGCGGCGACAGGAACGUGUCGCAGCACGCUGGAGGGCCAUUCCGACUGGGUCGGCGCGGUGGCCUUCUCGCCCGAUGGGCAUCUAGUCGCGUCAGCAUCUCGCGACAAGACGGUACGGCUGUGGGAGGCGGCGAUGGGGAUGUGUCACAGCACGCUGGAGAGUCAUUCCGACUGGGUCAGCGCGGUGGCCUUCUCGCCAGACGGACAGCUGGUUGCAUCAGCAUCCAUGGACAAGACUGUGCGACUGUGGAAAGCGGGGACAACUAA